CUCGCAGCGACGGAUAAGAGGGGGCACAAGAGCAACGCUUCCAUUGCGCUGUGUCCAAGAGAGAGAAUCCUGAGCGAAACGAAACGCAUCUAGAGAGAGAGAGAGAGAGAGGAGAAAUCCCAACUUCUGCGAUUCCGAGAGAGACAGAGAGAGAGAGAGAGAGAGAGAGAGAGUUGGCUGUGUGUGUGGAAUAGUACUGAGGUUUGGUAUUCAAGACACGGGUGUUUGCUUCGCUGGUUCUUUGCACACCUCGUCUCGUCUCGUUCGAGAGAGAAUUUCUGGGUUUAUUUUAAAAGUCGAAUUUAAGAGGGUUCUGUUUGGCCUCGCUCGCUUCUGAAGAAAACCAGAUGACAAAGAGGAGUUUAGCACCAGCAGCAGCCGCAGCCGCAGACGAAGAAGACACGAAGAUCGAAUGGCCUGCUUCUCUAGACGAAUAUGAAAAGCUUGUUAUGCGCAUGACCACUCCGAGAGUCAAGGUCGACAAUGCCGGUUGCACCACCGCCACCCGAAUCAUGGUAGACAGCGCGAGAAAACACGGAAUUCUUCUGGAGGCGGUUCAGGUUCUCACGGAUCUGAACCUUUCGAUCGAGAAGGCGUACAUAUGUUCUGAUGGGAGGUGGUUCAUGGACGUUUUUCACGUGACGGACCUGAACGGAGACAAAGUAACCGACCAGAGCGUUAUUAACUACAUUGAACAGUCACUUGGGACAAUCCAUUUCGCGAGGACAAAAAGCUUUGAUGGCAUGACAGCACUAGAACUGACCGGGACAGACCGGCUUGGCAUGCUGUCAGAGGUAUUCGCAGUGUUAGCUGAUUUGCACUGCAACGUGGUUGAAGCGAAAGUGUGGACGCAUAAUGGAAGAAUUGCUUCCCUGAUCUACGUCAAGGAUUGCGAUUCUGGUACCCCGAUUGAGGACUCACAAAAGAUCGAUCGAAUCGAAGGGCGGUUGAAGAACGUGCUUAAAGGGGAUAACGAUAUCCGAAGUGCCAAGACAUCUGUUUCCAUGGCUGUGACUCACACAGAGCGAAGACUCCAUCAAAUGAUGUUUGCGGACCGUGAUUAUGAACGAAAACCUAGUGUUGAUUCUCCUGUUGUGGUAGUUCAGAAUUGUGUGGAAAGGGGUUACUCUGUUGUCAACAUUCACUCCAAGGACCGGACAAAGCUUCUGUUCGACGUUGUGUGCACAUUCACAGACAUGCAGUAUGUUGUAUUCCAUGCAACUGCCAAUACAUCAGGGGAACAAGCAUAUUUGGAGUUCUUCAUUAGGCACGUAGAUGGUACCCCAAUUAGUUCAGAGGCCGAAAAGCAAAGGGUGAUUCUUUGCCUUCAGGCUGCCAUUGAAAGGAGAGCAUCUGAGGGUGUAAGGUUAGAGCUAUGCACAGCCGAUAGAAACGGGCUCCUGGCGGACGUAACGCGAACGUUCCGCGAGAAUGGCCUUAACGUGACGAGGGCUGAGAUAUCCACCACAACAGACACGGCUCUUAAUGUUUUCUACGUAACAGACGCCAGUGGGAAUCCGGCAGACCCAAAGCUCAUUGAAUCAGUCCGACAGAAGAUCGGGACGAGCGAGUUGAAAGUGAAGGAAUUGCCACUGUUGUGCCACCAAAAGACAGAGAGGGACGACGAGCCCGCGGUUGGUUCAGGUGGGGCCAUGCUGUUAUCACUCGGGAGCCUGGUGAGGAAGAAUCUAUACAACUUGGGACUGAUCAAAUCAUAUUCUUGAGACAAGUCUGUGUUACAAGCAACAAUUUGUUGGGGAGGGGCAUAUACUUUGCUUCAGGGAUAGAGUUGGUCAGUUUGUACAUAAGAAAAAUUAGAAGGGUUUGGUGAUAGUAGUUGUGAUGGUUGGUUGUAAUAGGUAGACACAGUUUAUACACAGAAGGAAGAUGGGUAUGGGUGGGGGCCACUUCCUCCCAUUUCAAAUUGUGUUGUGAAGAAGAAUUUGAAUUUGGAAUGGGGGAGGAGAAAGAGAUACUAUGGAAAGAUUAAAAGUUGGUGUUGGGAUGUGGUUGUGGGUUGUUUCUUGCUGGCAGGCAGAAUAGUAGUUAGAGAGGAAAUUUUAUUUUGUUUAUACAGCUCACAUCUGUACAUAACGACCUGUUCUUUAUUAGUGAAUGGCUGACUUGAUUUUUCCUUCAA